UCUAGCCUUUUAUCAGGCCCCCAAGCUGCCUUGGAUCAUUUAGACUCAGAAACCUUGUUUCUGCAGACUGCAAUCGGGGCGCUGGAGUACCCUUCCAGAGACUCUUUCCUCCCCAAGUUGUGUCUCCUGGCACCCUGCCUGGUUGCCUUGGAAACAGGUUCCACUGCGGACAAAGGAGGGAGCUGGGUCCUGCUUCCUCCUGGUCCUGCCAAUGAGGAUUUUUAGACCGUGGAGACUGCGCUGCCCUGCCUUGCACUUACCCUCACUCCCCACAUUCUCUAUAAAGUGGAGUUUGCCUUCCCUCAUCCCUGACGAGGACAUGUGUAAGAGCGUGACCACAGGCGAGUGGAAGAAAGUCUUCUACGAGAAGAUGGAGGAGGCGAAGCCAGCUGACAGCUGGGACUUCAUCAUAGACCCCAACCUCAAGCACAAUGUCUUGGCCCCUGGCUGGAAGCAGUACCUGGAACUUCAUGCCUCAGGCAGGUUCCACUGUUCCUGGUGCUGGCACACCUGGCAGUCGCCCCAUGUGGUCAUCCUCUUCCACAUGUACCUGGACCGUGCCCAGCGCGCUGGUUCGGUGCGCAUGCGCGUGUUCAAGCAGCUGUGCUACGAGUGCGGCACAGCGCGGCUGGACGAGUCCAGCAUGCUGGAGGAGAACAUCGAGAGCCUGGUGGACAACCUCAUCACCAGCCUGCGCGAGCAGUGCUACGGGGAGCGCGGUGGCCACUACCGCAUCCACGUGGCCAGCCGCCAGGACAACCGGCGACACCGCGGCGAGUUCUGCGAGGCCUGCCAGGAAGGCAUCGUGCACUGGAAGCCCAGCGAGAAGCUGCUGGAGGAGGAGGCGACCACCUACACCUUCUCCCGUGCGCCCAGCCCCACCAAGCCACAGGCGGAAGCGGGCUCAGGCUGCAACUUCUGCUCCGUUCCCUGGUGCUUGUUUUGGGCCACGGUCCUGCUGCUCAUCAUCUACCUGCAGUUCUCCUUCCGCAGUUCUGUCUAGGAUUCCCGCGUGGGUCUGAGGCUUGGGGUGGGGUGGGGAGUCUGCUGGUGGGAAGGGGAUGAGGUGAGACCUGGCUUGGGAAAAUGGGGGCACGUUCUAACACGAUGCGGUCAUUGAUUCAGUGGGAAGCCUGGACAAUCUACCCAAUUUUUCCAUCUGUAAAAUUAAGGGUCUGGGCUGGAUCGUUGAUUUUUUUCUACAGAAAUCUAGGGUUCCAAAGUCCUUCUAGGUACCCCGGGGACAUUUGAUUUGGGAGGUAGAUGGAGUGAGUGAGCUGCUUUCUCCUCGUCCAACAGCUCCUUCCAACUUCUGUCGUCUCCCUUGCUGCAAUCAGAACAGAACUGCUUUCCAUGUAAGGAUGUGUGUGUGUGUGUGUGUGUGUGUGUGUGUGUGUGUGUGUAUGCUUAAUUGCUUCAAAAGGAAAACAAGCUUGGAAAUUAUAGGACUAGGUCAUUGCAAAAGGUCUUAAAGCCAAUGAACUUGACUUUACUCUCCUGCUAA